AUGGACGACGGAUCCCACCUGAUGCGUGCGCCUGCAGAGGUGCGCAUGCUGAUUUACGAGUAUAUCUUUGAUGAUGCAGGGACCAGCAGACUCCUGAUUCGGAGCGCUGACGCUGGCAAGGUGCCCAGUACCACCGGGAGGUUGCGAAAGCGCUAUCAUGUCCUUGAUCGGUCGAUGCAAAGACGCUGCUAUCAAACAACAUACCGGUUGGCGUCUGAAGGCGUGCACUUCUGCGCAGCCUUGAUGCGCGUGAACAGCAAGAUCUAUGAGGAGACGUCGCAUCUUGUGUACGCCAGGCACGCAUUCGACUUUGGCAGUGACAUAGAGGCUGUCGAGCCGUUUCUGUCAGAUCUCAGACCAUCAAGCCGCUAUCUCAUCCAGGAAAUCUCCCUAUACAAGCGCGGCCCGAUUCCCUUAUAUGAGAACGACCGUAGCGAAUGGCGCAGCGUCUGUCGCUUCCUGCAAAGCAAUGGAGCAAUCAAGAAGCUACGGUUGGUCAUCCAGGGCGGCAGACCUAGCGUGCAAUGGGAAGGGCCGAAGGAGUUCACCGCCAGUGACUUCAAAUUCCUCGCCGACAUCAAGCACGAAAGUCUUGACUGGGUUAACGAGUUGGCCCAAGUGAAGGGGAUAGAGGAACUGGAAGUCCUCCCAGACGUCCAUUAUUGCCCGCCACCGACCAGCACGAGCAUGCUUGUUUUUGCAGCGUUUUCGGCAAGUAUCGAAAAAGGACUUGCCGAGUUUCUCAAAUCACAGUUGAGACUGAUUUAG